AUGUCUGUGAGUGAGAAAGUUUCGUUAUCGGACGCUCUGAGCAAUGUGGAUGUGUUGGACGAGCUUACAUUACCAGAUGAGCAACCAUGUAUUGAGGCCGCUCCAUGCUCCAUCCUGUACCAGGCGAAUUUCGACACGAACUUCGAAGACCGCAAUGGCUUUGUUACCGGUAUUGCCAAGUAUAUUGAGGAGGCCACAGUGCAUGCUAACUUGAACGAACUGUUAGAAGAAGGUAAUGCUCAUGCGGUGAUGCUGUACACCUGGCGGUGCUGCAGCCGCGCUAUCCCUCAGCCCCGGUCCAACGAACAGCCGGACAGGGUGCACAUCUAUGAGAGGACUGUACAGGUGUUGGCGCCAGAAGUGGACAAACUGCUGCAGUUCAUGUAUUUCCAGCGAAAAGCGAUAGAACGCUUCUGCGGUGAGGUCCGCCGUCUGUGUCACGCGGAGAAACGGCGCGACUUCGUCUCUGAGGCGUAUCUGUUGACCCUUGGCAAGUUCGUGAACAUGUUCGCCGUGUUGGACGAGCUGAAGAACAUGAAGAGUUCCGUCAAGAAUGAUUAUUCGACGUACAGAAGAGCUGCCCAGUUCCUCAAGGUGAUGUCUGACAGCCAGAGCCUGCAAGAGUCGCAGAACCUAUCCAUGUUUCUGGCCACCCAGAACAAGAUCAGGGAUACUGUCAAGGAUGCUCUCGAGAAGAUCAAUGGUUACGAGGAGCUGCUGGCUGAUGUGGUGAACAUAUGUGUCCACAUGUUCGAGACUAAAAUGUACCUGACGCCGUCGGAGAAGCAUAUGCUGGUCAAGGUGAUGGGCUUCGGACUGUUUCUGAUGGACUCUGAGGUGUGCAACAUCAAUCGUCUUGAUCAAAAGAAAAAGAUACGUCUCGACCGCAUCGACAGAAUUUUUAAGAAUCUGGAAGUGGUCCCGCUUUUCGGAGACAUGCAAAUAGCUCCAUUUAAUUACAUCAAGAGGUCAAAACAUUACGAUCCCAGCAAGUGGCCGUUAUCGUCGAGUCCGAAUCCUCCGUCUCCUCAAGCCGACCUGAUGGUCCACCUGCCUCAAAUCCGAGAAGAACACCAGAACUACAUAUCUGAACUAGCCAGAUACAGCAAUGAGGUAACAACAACAUUCAAAGAAGCUGGUUCUGAUGCUGAAAACAAGACGGUAACAGAACUGUGUCUCCGUGGACUUCAGUUGCUCUCGUCCUGGUGCUCGAUCCUCACCGAACUCUGCUCUUGGAAGCUGCUGCAUCCCACUGAUCAUGCCAGUAAUCCUAGAUGUCCACCAGAUGCUGAGGAGUAUGAGAGAGCAACUCGUUAUAAUUAUACAUCUGAAGAAAAAUUCGCCAUGAUUGAAGUCAUAGCCAUGAUCAAGGGCCUGCAAGUUCUCAUGGCUCGAAUGGAGACGGUGUUCGCUGAUGCUGCCAGGAGGUCCAUAUACGCGGAGCUCCAGGACUUUGUUCAGCUCGUACUGAGGGAACCGCUUCGGAAGGCCAUUAAGAACAAGAAGGAUCUUAUAAGAAGUAUUGUAGUGUCAGUUCGUGAGACAUGCGGUGACUGGGCGCGAGGCUGUGAGCCCCAGCAGGAUCCAGCUCUUCGUGGAAAAAAGGAUGGGGAGGCCAGCUUUACCAUCAAAGUGCCUAGGAGGAACGUAGGUCCAUCAUCCACCCAACUAUACAUGGUGCGCACUCAGCUCGAAGCUCUUAUCUCCGAUAAGUCUGGAGGGAGGAGAACUCUUCGUAAGGACCUGGACGCUGGGACCCUGCAGCAGAUAGAGACUUUCCAUAGGCAGAGCUUCUAUUGGGGCUACCUCUUGAACUUAUCAGAUUCCUUACAAAAAUGCUGUGAUUUAUCCCAGCUUUGGUACAGAGAGUUUUAUCUCGAAAUGACUAUGGGCAGGAAGGUCAAUAAAUGCAUGGUCCGCCACCAACACAACGAAGAAUGCAGUGACCUGAUCACCAUGGAGAAGAGGAUCCAGUUCCCCAUUGAAAUGUCCAUGCCUUGGAUCCUAACCGAUCACAUUCUGCGCACCAAGGAACCUGCCAUGAUGGAGUACGUCUUAUACCCGCUGGAUUUGUACAACGACUCGGCGCAAUACGCUCUCACUGUCUUCAAGAAACAGUUCUUGUACGACGAAGUCGAGGCUGAAGUCAACUUGUGUUUCGACCAGUUUGUCUACAAGUUGUCCGAACAAGUCUACUCGCAUUAUAAACAACUCGCUUCCAGCAUGCUCCUGGACAAGCGCUACCGCGCGGAGUGCGCGGCGCGCGGGGCCAGCACCGGCGCGGGCGCGGGCCGCUACGCCUCGCUGCUGCGGCAGCGACACGUCGCGCUGCUCGGCCGACACGUCGACCUGUGCGCGCUGGUAAUGUACUCACUGCAUAGUGGUCAGUGA